AUGCCCACCCCCAAAACAAUGAAAGCCAUAACCUGGGAAGGCAAGCCCUUCCACAUGUCCCUAAAAGACACAACCACUCCCCAACUCAAAGACCCAACCGACGCCCUCAUCCAGCUCACAACAGCUGCAAUCUGCGGCACAGACCUACACACCUACCGCGGCCUCGCAGGAAGCAAAAACCCACCCUGGAUAAUGGGCCACGAGGGCAUCGGCACUGUCAUCCAGAUCGGACAGGGGGUCAAAACAUUAAAAGUCGGGGACAGGGUCGUCAUUGGACCGACAUCAUGCGGAUACUGCAAUAACUGCGUCCGCGGUAAAUGGACAUACUGUUUGACGUUUCACCCGGAGACGCUGCUUGAUUUCCCGGGGUUAGGCGAUGAUUUCGGUGUUGGGCUGGGGGGUACGCAGGCGGAGUAUAUAAGGGUGCCGUUUGCGGAUUCGUCGAGUUUCCUCAUCCCGCCUAAUUCCACGGAGCAUGACAGUGAUCGAGAUAUCGACUACGUCUUGUUGUCUGAUAUCUUCCCGACGGCGUGGAACGGGCUUAGCAGCUCUGGCUUCGAACCGGGAGAUACAGUCGCUGUCUUCGGGGCAGGGCCUGUAGGUCUCCUCUGCGUAUACUCCGCUGUCCUCCGCGGCGCGAGCAGAGUCUACUCGGUUGAUUAUGUGCCCUCUCGACUAGAAAAGGCAGCAUCUCUCGGUGCGGUCCCGAUAAACUUCAAAGACAGCGACCCCGUGCAACAAAUCCUCGCCCGCGAACCACCCAGCCACCCCGACGGGACGGACGGCGGUGUACGACGAAGCUGCGACUGCGUUGGCUUCGAGACGCUUAACGCCAAGCUAGAGCGCGAAGCCGGCAUCGUCAUUCGCAACUGCAUAAACGUUACCCAACCAACUGGUGGAAUCGGGAUUGUUGGCGAGUACCCGCCCGCUGGCCUUGGGGCUAGUCCCGGUGCACCACUGGCGACUGGGAAAGAAGGGGUAUUCGAGAUCCCUUUGGGGACGUUGUGGGCGAAAAAUCUUUCGGUUGGGAGCGGGGCUGUCCAGGUGAAGGAGUUGCAGUUUGUGUUGAGGGAGAUGAUUGAGAAGGGGGUUGCGAGGCCGGGGGUUGUUGUUGAUGAGGUUUUGUAUGGGCUUGGUGGGGUUGUGGGGGCAUAUGAGAGGUUUGAGAGGAGGGAGGUCGGGAAGAUUGUUAUUAGGUUAGGGCAUGGGGAUGAUUAG